UGUGUGUUUUUUUUUUUUUUUUUUACUCUUAAGUCUUUUCCCAUUUAUAUACUGCAAGGCUGCGCGGACCCUUCACUGUUGCAUGAGUCAGACGUCCCUGAGUUUCCACAUGGUCAUUAUCCUGUCCAGACCCCUGCUGACAAAUGAAAAUGCCUUGUGCAGUUUGCAAUGAAAAUAACUCCUCUGAUAUUGUGAUGGCCAUGCUUAUUUUCACAGACUUAAGCUGAUAUAUGCAACAUGGCACACUGCUGUGAGUAGGUUUGUACGCUGAUGCUCUUUUGACUGUUUACCUUUCAAUGUUAAUCAUUUUCAUGUUUCACGUGAAUUACGCAACAGCUGAUGGUAAAUGCAUGUCAAACCGACCGUUUAAUGGAUGUUCAUCCUGCGUGUUGAAUGAGGGUGAGAAUAGAUUAAAUCCCGGGGAGAAGGAAGGAACACAAACUAUAAAAGCUGAUGGGGAGCACUUUCCUUACAACACCUGUGCCGCAGGGGGCGCGUUUAAAAGCCAGCGCGGAAUUAAUUCUUGUUAAGCUUGUAAUUCCUAUUGGCAGACUCACUGAUGGUGCCCACACAUCCUGUGCAGAAGUGUCUCUGAACGUGAUUAUAAAUCCCUCAGUCAGCUCAAGUAAUACAUUUAAUGACAGAUGUGAAAAUUAUUUAUUUUGCUGGCUUAGUCGCAACAGCUUUACCCACUUAAACUCGAGCAGCAGUCACAUCUCAUCAAUAGGGGGCACUAGGGUGCUACCCCACCUGUUCCACACUGGUCCCACAUGAAGAGCGGAACCACAUGCAUGCAUGUGUGAGCAGAGCGAUUAUGCAACUUGGGGCACAGUAUGCAGAAAAUAUGGGGAGGAAUGACGCAGUUUGUUUUUGCUGUAAAUCAAUCUGUCAUUUUUCCAUGAAAACUACUUCCUGGUGGCCAAGAGAGAAGGUAUGGCUCUGAUAUAAAUGUGUAUGUUUUUUGAAUGCUGAAUGCUUUGCAAUAGGUUUUACUGUCAUAAUGACAAGUUUAAGAAAAACAUUCACCAGGCUUUCCAUGACUGCAGGUGUCAUUUUAGCUUUGUAGGAUUUGCUGCAUAAUCAGACAGUUAAUCGUGGUAAUAGUUUGCAGAUCCGUAAUCGUGAUAAUUAGUUGCAGCACUAUCGAAAUGAAAACUGCAGUCUGCAAACUUUUAAACAUAAACAAAUGUCAAAUGAGUUCACACAAGGCUGAUGACCUGCCCACAUUCAGGAGCCUGCACACAGGAAGCAACAGACGGAGACAACUGCAACAUUGUGCUAUGAAAGUGAGACAACUCACACUACCACUAAGUGAAUUCUACUGCUUAAAAACCCUGGUUCUGCACUGUUGCUGUUUACACACGCUCCCUCAAUCAGGUCUGGUAGUAUUGCUUGACAGAAUCUCAAAUGAAGGAUGCAGCGUACAAAUAACGUUACAUCAUUACUGCACAUGAAGGCGAAACAGAGGCAGAAUAAUAAAAACACCAACAAUUACGCACUGCAGCUUGAAAAUUAGCAACAGGAACCACUUUCAGUUCUGAGACCUGCAACCUACAUUCAGCUGGCAGCGACAUUUGUCAUAUCUGGCAAUAGUAAGUUGUAGUAAAUAAACCAGCAGGUCAAACACCCAGAGAAAAAACACUGUCUCUCUCAUUUUCUUUACACUGGCAAGUCCAAACAUGCAUGGGUUCACUGAAUGCACAGUUGUAAAGGCUCCCAAAAGAGGACAGAGGGUUCAUAUGACGCAAGCAGUUCACGUGUGAUGCAGAAAAUCAUGUACAAAACAAGAGGUUUACUACCAGUAGGUUUACAACAUGAUUAGAUAUGACGUAUCAGAUUUGUGACAGCAUUAUGUCACGUGAAUUAAGAAACAAUUACUUUAUUUUGUGUUUUCAGAGCAUUAGUGCACCGAUCAUGUAACACGUGUUAUGUGACAUAACAACUGUAACUCAAUACAUGUGAAAGGACCAAUCAUCUCUGGAGUUUGAACUCAAAUAGGCAAAGAAACCAUUUGAUGGAAUGUCAGUCUGCAGGCAAGCAGCACGACAGUGGUCACCCUUCAGCCUUGGAAAUAUGCCGCUGUACCGCGUGUGUGGAAUAUUUGCACUCCUUAGUGUAGGUUUGAUUUCCUUCACACCACCUUGUGAUGGGGGGAAAAUCCUGGUGUUCCCAGUAGAUGGCAGCCAUUGGAUCAAUAUGAAGAUUCUUCUGGAGGAGCUUCAUGCCAGGGGACACACCAUGACUGUGAUCAGGGCGUCCACCAGCUGGUACAUUCCAGAAAAGUCUCCCCUGUAUACAUCAAUAACAAUUGAACUGGAUGAAGCUUUAGAAGACUUUUUUGAAUUGUACCUACAGGAGCAUAUGAGGCUGCAGAGAGAAGGGGGUUCAGCAUUUGCAUUCUUCAAAAUCACCAAGGAUUUUAUGUCUAUGCUAUCUACAGCACAUUUAAUGUGGUCUGAGGCCCUUGGCAAAAUCCUUGAUGAUAAAACUAUGAUCAAAAGCUUAAUGGAUUCUCAGUAUGAUGUUCUUCUCACUGAUCCCGCCAUGGCACCAGGAGUGCUCCUUGCAAAGUAUCUCAAACUGCCCCUAGUGCUCAACGUUCGAUGGAUCACCAGUGGAGAAGGCCACUUUGCAAUUGCCCCCACUCCACUCUCUUAUAUCCCAGUGCCAGGAUCGGGUUUAACCGACAAAAUGACUUUCAUGCAGAGGAUCAAAAACCUGUUUUUCUACAGCACUGUAGUUAUUCAGCAGAAAUUCAUGGUAGGGCCCCACUAUGAUGCCAUCUGUGAUAAAUAUUUCGAGGGUGGAUGCGACGUCAUCUCGCUUCUUCAGGAAGCAGACAUCUGGCUGUUCAGGUCAGACUAUGUGUUUGAUUUCCCUCGGCCCACCAUGCCGAACAUCGUCUACAUUGGUGGGUUUCAGUGCAAACCGGCCCAACCUCUGCCAGCAGAUCUGGAGGAGUUUGUUCAGAGCGCUGGGGAACACGGAGUGAUCAUCAUGACCCUGGGAACUUUGGUUAAUGCUUUACCCAAAGAGGUGACAGAUGAAAUUGCCAGCGUGUUCGCCAAGUUGCCUCAGAAGGUGAUCUGGAGGCACAAAGGGGAACGACCCUCCACUCUGGGCAACAACACACUGAUCGUGGACUGGAUGCCGCAGAAGGACCUCCUCGGUCACCCACAGACCAAAGUCUUUAUAGCGCAUGGGGGAACCAAUGGAGUCCAGGAGGCCAUUUACCAUGGUGUCCCUGUCUUGGGGAUUCCCUUGUUCUUUGACCAGUUUGACAACCUUCUGCGUUUGCAGGAGAGAGGAGCUGCAAAGAUCAUUCAGCUGGGUGAGGUUAAUGGACAGAGGCUUGAACAAGAACUGAAGGAGUUGCUCUUUGAAGAGCGCUACAGAGAGAACAUCCAAAGACUUUCACGUUUGCACCGAGAUCAGCCAAUAACACCCAUGGAUCAGGCCAUCUUCUGGGUGGAAUUUGUCAUGCGCCAUAAAGGAGCUCCCCACCUGCGUACAGAGGCUUAUAAGAUGCCCUGGUACUCAUACUAUAACGUAGAUGUACUGCUAGUACUGCUGACUGCAGUGGCUGUAUUGCUGUACUCUGUUUUUGUCCUUUUCAGAUGUCUGUGCUGCAGAAGUAGAAGGAAACCCAAAGCCAAACAACACUGAGAGGUCAAACUUGUGUAGAAAUAUGCUUCAACAGGUUCUCUGAAGAACUGGUGUGUGACCAUUUUAAGUGAUAUUUAUGUUUUAGGAUCUCAUUGCAGUUUGUUUUAAUUUGCCAACAUCUGAUCCAGUGUUAAUUGGACCAAUAACUACAUAGAAUUCAGAAUUUUUUCAUCACUUAUUUACAUCUUAAGGUGUCUUAUUUUUAAGCCUUUGUUAAAAUAACGAUCAGACUAAGCUACCGUGUAAGAUGUACAAAUAAAGUAAUCUCUCUUCUGUUUCAAAA